GUUGUGUAAAGGGGAAUAAGUCGUGGGAAAACCCUUGAGAUAACCGCGGAAUCCAUCGCGCAAUUACCCGCCGACAGCAGCUCUCUGGACGGCCUCUGCGGUCGUCAGUGGUGGGGGAUCCAGACGGAGCGCGCGGUGUCUGUUACAAUGUUGUGGUUCGUUCUGCUCCUGUCCUCGCUUUCCUGGGCCCAGAGAUCCGAACCCAUGUUCUCAGCAAUAACCCGGGCUGUUCUUCCCCCUGACUACGACAACAACCCCACCCAGCUCAACUACGGAGUGGCUGUGACUGAUGUGGAUGGAGACGGAGACCUGGAAAUGUUUGUGGCAGGCUACAACGGCCCAAAUCUGGUGCUGAAGUACGACAGGCACAAGAGAAGACUUGUCAACAUCGCUGUCGACAACAGAAGCUCCCCAUUCUACGCUUUGAGAGACCGUCAAGGCAACGCCAUCGGGGUGACGGCGUGCGACAUUGACGGCGAUGGCCGAGAGGAGAUUUACGUGCUUAACACGAACAACGCUUUUUCUGGACGGGCGACGUAUUCCGACAAACUGUUUAAGUUCCGUAAUGGACGCUUUGAAGAUCUCCUCAACGAUGACAUUAAUGAGCACAGAGACGUAGCCAACCGUAUGGCUGGGCGCUCAGUGGCCUGCGUGGACAGAAAGGGAACCGGCAGAUAUUCCAUCUACAUUGCCAACUACGCCAGCGGUAACGUGGGUCCGCAUGCGCUCAUCGAGAUGGACGAGGACGCGAGUGAUCUGUCCCAGGGAGUGGUCGCCCUCUCCAACGUGGCUGAGCAGGCCGGCGUAAACAAGUUCACCGGAGGACGAGGCGUUGUGGUCGGACCAAUCGUCAGUAAGACUUUCUCCGACGUGUUCUGUGACAACGAAUAUGGACCCAAUUUCUUGUUCAAGAACAACGGCGACGGAACCUUUACUGAUGUUGCGCAGCAAGCAGGAAUAGAGGACCCCAUGCAGCACGGCAGAGGAGUAGCUCUCGGGGACUUCAACAGAGACGGCAAGACGGACAUUGUGUACGGCAACUGGAAUGGACCUCACCGUCUCUACAUGCAGCUGAACAACCGCAAGCACAAGUUUAAGGACAUCGCGUCCCAGAAGUUCUCCAUGCCGUCUCCAGUGCGCACCGUCAUCGCAGCGGACUUUGACAACGACAACGAGCUGGAGGUCUUCUUCAACAACAUCGCCUACAGGGGUCCUUCUGCCAACAGACUCUUCAGAGUAAGCAGAAGAGAACACGGGGACCCCCAGAUCGAGGAGCUGAAUAUCGGCGAGGCCUCUGAACCAGAAGGACGUGGAACUGGAGCGGUGGCGACAGAUUUCGACGGUGACGGGCGCCUGGAGCUGCUGGUGUCUCACGGAGAAAGUGCAGCGCAGCCGCUCUCCGUCUACAAAGUCAACCAGGGCGCCACCAACUCCUGGCUGCGUGUCAUCCCUCGCACCAGGUUCGGAGCUUUCGCCAGAGGGGCCAAGGUGGUGGUGUACACCAAGAGAAGUGGACCGCACACGCGGAUCAUUGACGGAGGCUCCGGAUACCUGUGUGAGAUGGAACCUGUGGCGCACUUUGGCCUCGGCAAAGACAUGGCCACCAACGUAGAGGUGUACUGGCCGGAUGGGCGCUCGGUGGCUCGGCCGCUGGAGCCCUCGGAAAUAAACUCCGUGCUGGAGAUCCAUUACCCCAGAGAUGAAGAGGAGGUCACCACUCCUGUGGAGAUCGAGUGCGGUCACGGGUUUGCCCUGAACGAAUAUGGCCGCUGCACAGAUAAGGAUGAGUGUACCCAGUUCCCCUCUGUGUGCCCCCCUGACCGCCCCAUCUGCACCAACACCUACGGCAGCUUCAAGUGUCGCGCCAAGCGGAGAUGCAACCAGGGCUUCGAGCCCAACGACGACGGCUCGGCCUGUGUGGCCCAGGUUGCCUACUUUGGUGGAGCACAUUCCUCUGGAGAACACAGACAAUCCCGCCUCCCCUUCUGGCUGAUAUCCAUCUCCACGCUUAUCUCCCCUCAUCUCCAGCGCGGAGCUCUGUAGCCCUCCUCCCCCAGCCGUCUCCUGCUCCCUGCACUACUGUACAGACUCUCCAGGGCACCUCCCUGCUCAUGUUUUCAUCUCACUCAGCGUGAUGGAUCUGUGGUACCAGUCAUGUCCAGUAGACCCCCCCACCCCCUUCCUCUCCCCUCGCUGCUGCUGCUGCUGUGUGUCACCUCUGGUCUCCCGGCCCCUUCUGAACACUAAGAGACUCACAGGGCGCAUGAUGCUGGGAGAGAUGAGGAGCAGAACUGUGUGACGUCCUCACAUCAUCACCUGGCACUUAUCUCACUGAACUGAAGCCAAGUCAAUAAGCGGAGCGGCUCACAUCGACCCACCUCACACAUCCAUCAGAGACUCGCUGAGGUCACAUCUGCACUUCCACCGAGCUGCGACGUAAAUCCUCGCCGCUCUCUUUCUCACCGCGGAGGGACGUGGAGAAGGAGCAGGUCUUUAGCUUUCAUCAGCGCGAGCGAAUGACUGCACCCAGGGAGGUGUGGAGGAGCAUAUGAGCAGCCAUCUGUCUCCGAGUUUUGGAGAGGUUUCACUACGUUUUCCAUUGGAUUCUUUCUUCAUAUGUAGAGUGUGACGACGCACACAAAGCACCAAAGUUGUGAGGACGAUGCGGCGGCAUUGCCGAUCUGGGACCCCAAAAAAAGUACUGCAUGUGUGUUUCAAGAAACUUUUCCUUCAAAUUCAAAUAGAAUGCAGCAAAAAAAGAAGAGAGAAAUGACACUGACACUGGAGGUGUGUUCGGGGGGGAACCGGGGAUGAAAAGCUUAUUGGACACAGGGUCGGUGCAAGAGUGAGGGAAGAGAUGAUGCUUGUGUGAGUUCAAGAUUUGAAAUGAUAUUUAUUUAUUUAUAUGUAUAAUAAGAAAAUAGAUCAAAGUACACAAAUUUAAAAGCAAAAACAAUCAGAGCACAAAGCAACAUGCAAACUAAAUCCAGUCCCAGAUACAGGAAAUAGCCACAGAUGACGAAUGAAUGUGUGUUGAGUGAGGCGGCGUGUCAAAGGUCAGGCCCGUGGCCUGCAUCCCACCCUCGCUAUUAUCAUGUGAGGUAACGCCUUAGAGACUAAUUCAUUUCCCCAUAAUGAACUGCAACAGCUGACUAACUUAAUUCAAGCUAAAUUGUUUUGGGCCCUCCAACAUGUUGUCAACCCGCCAUCUGACGCAUCUUUCUCUCCGAGUCACCGAGCAUACGCCCUUUAUUGGCUCAAUGUGGAAGCCACAAAGACUUGAACAUUUUUACACCUCGACAGAAAGCGGACGGACAACAGCCACAGACCGCUCCAUCCCCUCUGCUCACGGCUCGACUGUCGAAAGGUAUCUGAUGUGUUCGCUUGCCACGACGCAAGUUCAAGGAAGAAAGACAGAGUCGUUUAUAAAAUGUUCCUAUGAAAUAAAAUAAAUGAACGUGACCUUUUCAGCAUGACAGCAAAUGAUUCCUCUGUCUGCUGUGGGACGUUUUGGUGUUUUUGUCGACUUGAAGUUCAACCCGGGAGUGGAACUUCUGCAGCUACAGACUCGCUCAGAGGUCCGUGGCGUCACUUACAGAAUUAGCAAGAUGGAAUGCCUUAC